ACGACUCCCUCGCCCGCGAUAGUCCCGAACGAGUCGACUUUUCCUUUAUUGAUUCACGUCGUGUUUUUUAGUUAAGGCUGUUGUACUUUGUUAUGCUGCGCUCGCUGUAAAUAAAACCAUUCUAGAUCAUCACUCACUCCUGUACAGCAUCAAAUGUGAACUGUGUGGCUUGGUUACAAUCGAUUUAGCAUUUUGGAAAUGUGUUCGGAGAAGAGAUCGACAACAAAAUCUCGAUCGGCAUUUCCCGACAAUAAGGCCCAUCCAGAGGGGGCAGUGAAAAGUGUACACGCGAUGGAUCGUAAUGCUGAUUCACUCCUCACGCCACAAUCAAUGAUCUGCAGCACGAAUUGCGGAGCUUCCAUCUAAGCAUAGGCCCCUUUUUGGGCCCCACAGAGGUCCCUCGUAGCCCCCAGGCAGUGUGUGUGUGUAUGUGUGCUCCACUGGCACGGCAUGGGAAAUUGCCUCAAAGGAGUCCUGUCCGAGGAGAACCAAGCGCGACGAGCGCUGAGCACCAGUGAUAGCCAGUAUGAGAUGCUGGUUGAGGGAACAUUGCAGCAGAAGGUUCAAAACAAACAGAACAAAUCAAAGGGUAAAAUCAAAUUUUUUGGCAAAUUUUGGCAAAGGAAAAACGUGGAGUACUCAAGACUGAACAAAUCAAACAAUAAUUUUAUAGAAAGAAGUAAUAGUAACAAUCGCCAGGGUCAAAGACCAGAAAUCCAAUUGCAGUGUCUAGAUGCACACUCACUGCUGAUGGUGUCCAGAGAUAACAAUACCAGACGAAGCGGUUAUCAUGACCUUAACACAGAUGUGACUUCAACGCCAGGGAGCUCGUUGGAUCUGGAAUGGGAGCAUGAUUACGGCUAUCACAAUAAUCAUUGGCCUAUUCGACCCAGCGAAGACCAACAGCAGAACUAUCCGAACUCCGAUUUGGAUCCAGUUUUCAAAGUUGAGGAAUGGUCCGGCCUCAAGAAGAGCAAAGAUCGUAUCAACUCUAUCCGACGGCUGGACCGUAACACGUCAGCCCCCACCCCGGACGGCAUGGCCAACCAUCCGCUUGCCAGCGUCGGACCCAACGGUUCCGGUGCUAUUGGAACGCCUUCUAUCUGCGGUUCGUACGCAUCUUCUUCACACAUAUCAACGCCUGAAGACUCGCUCGAAUGGGACAUUGACCAGGACCGGCAGCUUAAAUCGGAAAACGAAUCGCUCGAUCUGGAGACCAAAGAGCUACUGAUGGAGAUUGAACUGCUGAAAAAUCGGGUGCUAAACGAAACUGGUGCUAGCUUGAAGGAUCUCAAAGGUGACGAAUCGAUAAGUUGAUUCCAUUGGGGCGAGCAUGCUCCGCUCGAUGAUGGGUGAUAGCAGAAAUCGAAAAUCAAACACUUAUCUUUAUAUGAUUAGGGAGAAUUUGCAAACAUGUUGAAGCACGUUAAUAGAUAAAGGUGAUCAGAGAACAAAUCGUAACGACAAUUUUGUAGAAAUCGAAGAGCAGACAAAAUCCAGUAGAAGUGUAAUUAAAUAUUUAUUGUGACUCUAUAUAUAUUCCAGUUUAUGAAACAUUCUUGUUAAGAAUUAAAUUGAGACAUCAAUAGCAAACCGAUAUAUGAUUAGUUAUCGACCAGUGUAUUCAUUUGGUAAUAAACAGAAUGGCAUUUAUUUUUAGAGUGCUGAACAAAUGUAAGCGAGUAUCGUUGUACCGCUGUAUAAUCAAAAUGACACGAAAUAUAUAGUACUGAGUUCCCGUUGA